AUGACGGGUCGCGGCGGUGGUGGUCAGCGGAAGGUCCUUCUUCCUCCCAUCAACUUCAUCUUCAAGCUCCUGCAACAACGCAACACAGUGCAGAUUUGGCUAUUCGAGCAGUUGGGCAUUCGCAUUGAAGGCAAGAUCAGAGGAUUCGACGAGUUCAUGAACCUCGUCAUCGACGAGGCGGUGGAGGUCAAGCAGCCAGGAAAGGGACAGACAGAGGCCGAUGUGAAGGAUGCCAGAAGAGAGCUGGGACAAAUCCUGCUCAAGGGAGACAAUGUGUGCCUCAUUCAGAGUCUGGACUGA